CAAACGAUGUUCAUGAUUCCUUAUCUGUCGCCUAGGCUUUCGCUUUAGUGCAUAUUUCUCACAAAAUACUUUAGUGUUUUGUUAUGACAGGCGCCUCGAUAUCGUUAAGUCGUAGCCUGAAAGGAAAUUAAGCUCGGAAUAGGUUGAAAAUGAUAAACAUACAAUUUUAUUUGGGUUCCUCGGUAUUUAAUUGCACUUCCCAAAGUCCAUCUCGCAUUAUAAUAGUCCAAUAUCAACAAGAGUCCGUUUCAAAACGAGUUAUGUUCAAUGGACGAAAAUAUAGAUCAAAUAGACAGGCCGCUCUAUGUUCCUUAUACAUCUCACGCUAAAGGAAAGUCUCCUAUGUUAAAGACCAUGGUUCCAAACCAUGUUGCUGGUUCUGUCAUUGGUAAGAAGGGUCAAACAAUACAAAUCCUACAACAACAAACGGGGUCCCGACUUAAACUCUCUGCAGCAAAUGAGUUCUUUCCAGGCACUAAUGAGAGAGUUGUGAUUAUUUUUGGUGAGCUUCAUCAAAUCCUUGCUACUUUGGAUCUCAUCAUGGAGAAGGUCCGCAGUGAACUGCCAAGCCGAGGGAGUGCUCCAUCUGAACGUGCAAACAUGGUCAAACUCAUUGUACCACACUCAACUGCAGGUAUGGUGAUAGGAAAGGGUGGUAGCUUCAUUCGUAGUAUCACUGAAGAGACUGGAGCCAAACUACAGAUUUCACAGAAGGACACAGAAAUAUCUGGUGAACGAGUUGUCACUAUCACAGGUGAACAUGACCAAGUAAGGGCGGCUACAUCUGCAGUGGUGACCAAAUGUCAGGAGGACCCAGAACAUGGACAAAAUACAAACCUGAACUACUCUGGCUUUACUAAAAAUAAAUCCGGUUAUCAGAAUAACCCAGCAUCUUCUAUGGCGGCAAUAGGAAAUCUUUCCCAACUACUUGGUCUCACUACAAACAACCAAGAAACAUCUCCCUCCAAUUUUCUUGCCCAAGCCAACCUACUCAGUUCAAAUUCCUCUAACUCGUUGAUGCAAAAUAACCCUCUGGGGACUGGUAACCCACUAAGCGCCAUGCUGGGUAUGCAACAACUUGGGGGUAACACUAACAACGCAAUCACUACAACAGCGACAUAUGAAAUGUCCGUUCCUGAUCAUUUGAUCGGAAUAAUCUUAGGGAAAAAUGGUAAAACUCUCAAUGAGUUUAUACAAUUCAGUAGUGCCGUAAUCACUGUCUCAAAUAAAGGGGAAUACAUUACUGGUACAACAAAUCGUAAGGUUGUUAUAACCGGUGAUCCGUCUUCGGUGCAAACCGCAUAUUUUCUCAUGACUCAAAAGAUUCUUCAAGAAGCACCUAAACUAGGCAACCCGUUCGUGUAGUACAUUUUACUUUGACGUUUCUACAUCUUUUCUGAUCGCCAUGUGAUUUGUCUAUUCAAUGAUAUGUUGGCAAAAGUCCCUAUUUUUCGUUGCAGUGUAAUGAGUGUAUAUUCCUUCCCGCUUUCUUAUUUUCCUCAUCAGUCUUAAUCCUUCCGUUUUCUGUUUGUUGGUUUUUCUCACUUUCACUUUUUCCUAUUCAUUUCCCUGUUUUGCACGAUAGUGUGUGUCAUUUUCAAAGACACAUUUAGCGAACCUUUUAUCUUCAUUGGCCAUUUACGAUCUCGACUACUUUAUUACUAACGUAUUACUGUGAUCUAGGAUUUAGUUAAUAUCAUUUUGUCACUCGCUCUACACGUCACGCGCACUCGAUACCUGGACUACUUGAAGUAUUCACCAUCUGUGUGUUAUCAUUUCACCACGCGAGGAUUCGUGAAGAUCACCAUCAGAACAUUGAACUCCAUUAUCACUAAUCAUGCUGCAAACAUUUUUCAUUAUCGCCGUGCGUGGUCAUUGAACAGAACUAACAUCUAUAUCAUAUAUACUUGUUUAUAUUUCCCUGUUACUUUUAUCAAAUUAAUGACAUUGUGCAUCCAUUUGACGUCACUAAUUAUCCGAUCAAUAUUCAUCAAAUCCAUGGUUUCUAUAUCAAUUAAUCAUUAAAUCGCUUGUAAACACAA